AUGGUAAGAACAAAGCUGGAUAACCGGAUUAGAAUUCUUAUCGAGAAUGGAGUCGCUAUGGGUCACCGUUCGAUGUUUGUUAUUAUUGGUGACAAGGGGAAGGAUCAGGUUGUCAUACUUCAUCAUGUGUUAUCGAAAGCAACUGUUGCUGCCCGGCCUUCUGUUCUGUGGUGCUAUAAAAAAGAGCUUGGAUUCAGUUCACAUCGUAAAAAACGAAUGAAGGAAUUAAAAAAGAAAAUACGCAAUAGUCAUAUACAUAUAAAGGAUAAUGACCCAUUUGAAUUGUUCAUUUCAUCAACACAGAUCCGUUAUUGUUACUAUGCAGAAACACAUAAAAUCCUUGGCAGUACUUUUGGAAUGCUUAUACUUCAGGAUUUUGAAGCAAUUACACCUAAUCUUCUAGCGCGAACUGUUGAAACAGUUGAAGGAGGUGGAGUGAUUGUAUUGUUGUUAAAGAGUGUCAGCUCGUUGAAACAGUUAUAUACAAUGGCUAUGGAUGUCCAUAGUCGCUUCCGUACGGAAUCGCAUUCUGAAGUGGUUCCCCGUUUCAAUGAAAGGUUUAUACUGUCUUUGGCAAGCUGCCGCAGUUGCGCAGUUGUGGAUGAUCGCUUGAAUGUUUUACCACUGUCAUCUCAUACUUUGAAAAUUGAUGCAAUUCCUGCAAAUAUCAGGAACAAGUUUAGCAUGCAAGAGGAAGAAUUAGUAUCCCUAAAGAAUUCACUAAGUGAAACUAAACCGCUGAGUUUUUUGCUAAACAAGUGUAGGACAUUGUGUCAGGCAAAGACCCUGUUAAAGCUUUUGGAUGUGAUAACUGAGAAAACGUUGCAGUCAACAUGUUGCAUAACUGCAGCUCGCGGUCGGGGUAAAUCAGCUGUUCUUGGACUAGCUAUAGCAGGUGCUAUUGGUUUUGACUAUGCAAACAUAUUUGUAACAAGUCCAGCACCCGAUAAUCUCAAGACAUUAUUUGAAUUUGUUGUCAAAGGUUUGGAGGCUAUGAAUUAUGAAGAGCACACAGAUUUUGAAUUAAUUCAGUCAACUAAUAAACAAUAUAACAAAGCGUUGGUCCGAAUCAGUAUCUUCAAAGGUCAUCGACAAGUCAUUCAGUACAUUGAUCCUCGGGAUUCGGUUAAAUUAUCGCAGGCUGAGCUAGUAGUAGUCGAUGAAGCCGCUGCCAUUCCAUUCCCAAUUGUAAAAAACUUAAUUUCAGGACCGUAUCUUGUCUUUCUUGCCUCGACAGUCAGCGGUUAUGAAGGAACUGGAAGGUCGCUUUCAUUGAAAUUGUUGCAGCAGCUCCGUGAACAAGCAGCUGGUUUGCUGAAAAAUGAUAAUAAUGAACAAGUGCUAACUGCUGUGAAAGGACGUGCAUUACACGAACUGGUUCUCGAAGAAAGUAUCAGAUACAAACCAGGAGAUCAAAUUGAAACUUGGUUAAAUCGUGUCUUAUGCCUAAAUGCUUGCAAUGCUCAUCGAUUGGUAUCGGGAAUGCCACCUCCCAGGGACUGUCAGUUGUUGUAUGUCAACCGAGAUACUUUGUUUUCUUUCCAUAAAGCUUCCGAAACGUUUCUUCAUAGCAUUAUGGCAAUAUAUGUCUCAGCACAUUACAAAAACUCACCUAAUGAUUUGCAGAUGUUGUCGGAUGCUCCGGCACAUCAUUUGUUUGUUUUGGUGGGACCAAUUAACGAAACGCAUGCGCAGCUUCCAGAGAUUCUGGCAGUUAUACAAAUAGCAAUGGAAGGUGCUUUAUCUUCUGCGACAGUAUGCAGUAAUAUGGGAAGAGGAAAAAGAGCAGCGGGUGAUUUGUUGCCGUGGACUGUAUCGCAACAGUUCAUGGAUAAAGAAUUUCCAACGUUGAGUGGAGCACGAAUUGUGAGAAUAGCAGUACAUCCUGAUUUUCAGUCACUGGGAUAUGGUUCACGAGCUCUCGAGUUGCUUUUGGAAUAUUAUCAAGGAAAGGUACCAUGUUUCAAAGAAGAGACAGAUUUUAAUAUGGAAGCAAAAGCCAAACAUAUCGAGAAUCCUGAUGCACUAAUAUUGCUGGAAGAAGUUAUUGAACCACGCGCUGAUUUACCUCCACUUCUACAUCGUUUAAGUGAACGGCGUGCUGAGAGAUUGGAUUAUAUUGGUGUUUCGUUUGGCUUAAAUUUAGCACUACUUAAAUUCUGGAAACGUUCGGGGUUUGUACCGGUUUAUCUCAGGCAGUCUGUUUGCGACCUCACUGGUGAACAUACUUGCAUUAUGUUGAAGGAUAUGAAUAAAGAUGAGGAAGAUUUAAACGAGAGCACUGCUUCUUGGCUUUCAUUAUACUGGACUGAAUUUCGACGUCGAAUUUUGCAUUUGUUUGGAUUUGAGUUCAAUAAAUUUUUGCCGCAGAUGGCCCUCAGUAUUCUUCAGCUGAGAAAUAAUGGAAUCAUGAAACAAUGCAAAAGAGAUGUUCUGACCAGAGAAAAACUUGGAUUAUUUCUUUCAAACAGUGAUUUACGUCGAUUAUCUGAGUAUGCACGAAACAUGAUCGAUCAUCACCUAAUUACCGAUAUAUUACCAGUACUUGCUUUAUUGUAUUUCGAAGAACGAUUCGAUGAAAAAGUCAAACUAAGUACUGUGCAGUCAGCGAUUUUGUUAGGCACUGGGCUGCAGCAUAAGACGGUGGAUACUUUGGUAACAGAACUUGACUUACCUGCUAAUCAGUUACUAGCUUUAUUCAACAAAGCUAUCCGAAAACUUUCUGAGUACCUCGAUCAGCUCUGUAUGAAUGCAGUACAGCAAGAAAUUGAUGGUCAGGGAAUCGGUGGGCUUUCAGUCCAUGCAGGUUCCAUGCAACCUGUUGCUAUCUCUCUUGAUGAUGAGCUUCACGAGGCAGCUGUAGAAAUCAAAAAAAGACAAGAUAAAGAUCGGACGAGACUUAAAGAAGAAAUUGGUCGAGAAUUGAAGCAGUAUGCAAUCAAGGGAAAUGAAGAUGAUUGGAUGAGUGCUUUGCAGAGUACCGAUCUGAAGACAGUUAAGAAAACUGGCAUGAUUUUAUCGGUUAAAUCAUCAAGAGCCGAAUCCAAAAGUGUUCAUGAAUUAUUUGAAGAACCAAGCAAGUUCGCCAAUCGAAAAGGCAAGAAAAAAUUUAAAACUUUUAAAUAA